GGGAGCGAUGCGGCUCGGAGAGUCCGAGUGUGGAACCCGGCAGGAGCGCAUGAGAUGCCCGAGAAUAUGAGCAAAGAGGACGGGCCGAGUCGGAGCGCAUGUUUCACAUUCACUAUAGACAACAUCUUAAACCUGAAGCAGCGGCAAGACGGCGCGCGUUUGGACGCCUUAAAGGAGCAGAGGGACACUGGGAGUAGGAGUGAUUUUCAGAGGAGAUGCGAGGAGGCAUGGGACGUCCCGAGGAAGGAUGACAGCGAGUCAGAUGAGACAGUGAAGCCCACAGUCCAUUCAGCGGAGCGCGGGGAGAGCGCCGCGCCGCUCACCGCUGCCUCCUCUCCGGAGGCGCAAAGCGCGCACGGCCCCGAGCCGCAGCAGCAGCAGCAGCAGCAGCAGCAGCAGCAGCAGCAGUCCGCCGCCGACACCAAAGCCGCGGUCAAGAAGAAGACCCGCACCAUCUUCUCCAAGAGGCAGAUCUUCCAGCUGGAGGCCACCUUCGACAUGAAGCGCUACCUGAGCAGCUCGGAGAGGGCGUGCCUCGCCAGCUCGCUGCAGCUCACGGAGACCCAGGUGAAGAUCUGGUUCCAGAACCGCCGCAACAAGCUCAAAAGACAGCUGUCCACGGACAUGGAGGGCCCGCUGGCCGCGGAACACUUCGCCGAGGCGGGGAAAAACUCGCAGCUACCGAGUUUUUACAAGGACAGCAGCCUGCUGGGCGGAUGUUUGUUACCCAUGCCUUUCCCCGUCGUGUAUCCGACCGCGAACGCCGCGCCUUACAUCUACUUCUCCAACUCUGCCAAAUAUCUUGGCCUGUUUGACGGAGACUGAGUGGGUUUGUUCUUGGACACUACAGGCGACAAUCAUCUGCGAUCAGUUUAUUAUAUAUAUAUUUUUUUUUUAUUAGAUCUCCGACCUGGUUCAAAGGAAUUCUCAUCAAGUCCCAAACAUGCAUGUGCCACUUUUUUUUCUUUUCAUUAUUAUUAUUAUUAUUAUUAAUUAAUUAAUUAUUAUUUUUUAUUAUUAUUAUCAUCGCUGUUGUUGGAGUUCAUCAUCUUCACAGUAAAGGAGCAUGUAUCAAGUCUCAUUUGAUCGAAUGUACCAAGUGAUACAUCAGCUUUGUUACCCGCAGUAAUACUUCGCUGUGUGUGUGUGUGUGUGUGUGUG